CACUUCUGUUUGCCGCUAAAACGCUUUCUUUAAACAAUGGAAAUUAGAAAAGGGUAUUAGUAAAGAAAAUGCAACACUAAUAAUUUGGUUGUUUGUAUGUGUCACGCGUGGAGAGCAUUGACUCAUUCGCCAUUUUUAUUUUUACAAUUUGUCUUUUUUGGGUGUUGGUGCAGACGAAAACUUUAAAAAUCGUUGAAAAUGGAAAUGUCUCUAAAUCCAGUGCGUGUGCUGAAAAGCGAGGCACAAGAGGAGAAGGCGGAAAUGGCGCGUCUAUCAUCUUUUAUAGGUGCAAUUGCAAUUGGUGAUCUCGUCAAAAGUACUCUGGGGCCCAAGGGAAUGGACAAAAUUUUAGUAGCACAUGGUCGCAAUGCUGGUCAAGUUGAAGUGACAAAUGACGGCGCCACCAUUUUACGGGCAGUGGGAGUAGAUAAUCCAGCUGCCAAAAUAUUAGUAGAUAUGUCACGUGUUCAAGAUCAGGAAGUUGGAGACGGUACCACCUCGGUAACAGUGCUUGCUGCAGAACUUCUGCGAGAAGCUGAAAAAUUGGUUGAGCAAAAAUUGCACCCCCAAAUUAUAAUAGCCGGCUGGCGUUUGGCUACUCAGGUGGCGCGCGAAGCUCUUAUUCAAGCUUCUCAAGAUAAUUCUGCCCAUGACGAUAAGUUUAAAGAGGACUUGUUAAAUAUAGCCCGUACAACAUUAUCUUCGAAAAUCUUGCACCAACAUAAAGAAUUCUUUGCAAAAUUAGCUGUGGACGCUGUUUUGCGCCUUAAAGGAUCCGGAGAACUGCAUGCAAUUCAAAUAAUAAAGAAGACGGGUGGUACGUUGGAUGAUUCAUUUUUGGACGACGGCUUUUUGUUAGAUAAAAAGCCUGGUGUACAUCAACCACAACGCAUUGAAAACGCCAAAAUUUUGAUUGCGAACACACCUAUGGACACUGACAAAAUCAAAGUAUUCGGUAGUACUAUUAAGGUUGACUCCUUGGCGAAAAUCGCUGAUUUGGAAUUGGCAGAGAAGGAAAAGAUGAAAGACAAGGUUCAGAAGAUUCUAAGCCACAAUUGCAACGUGUUCAUUAAUCGCCAACUAAUUUACAAUUAUCCCGAACAACUGUUUGCCGACGCAGGCGUUAUGGCUAUUGAACAUGCAGAUUUCGAUGGAAUCGAACGGUUAGCUCUCGUAACUGGUGGGGAAAUCGUUUCAACUUUCGACAAUCCUCUGCUUGUCAAGUUAGGUGAAUGUGACGUCAUCGAACAAGUUAUGAUUGGUGAGGACACACUUCUUCGUUUCAGCGGCGUAAAAUUGGGCGAAGCAUGUACAAUUGUGAUACGCGGCGCAACGCAACAAAUUAUCGAUGAAGCCGACCGCUCACUGCAUGACGCUCUCUGUGUGCUGGCAGCCACUGUAAAGGAAUCACGCAUUGUUUACGGUGGAGGUUGCUCUGAGGCGCUUAUGGCUAACGCUGUGUUAAAAAAAGCAGGUGAAACACCUGGAAAAGAAGCCAUUGCAAUGGAGGCAUUUGCCAGGGCUUUGUUGGCAUUACCUACAGCUAUAGCCGAUAAUGCUGGCUAUGAUUCAGCACAACUGGUAUCUGAGUUGCGCGCGGCACACGCCCAAAGUAAGUCAACCAACGGGUUGGACAUGGAAAAAGGCAAAGUGGGUGAUAUGAAAGAACUUGGUAUUACAGAGUCUUUUGCGGUUAAACGUCAGGUAUUGAUGUCCGCUUCAGAGGCGGCCGAGAUGAUAUUACGCGUUGAUGAUAUCAUAAGAUGUGCACCACGACGACGCGUUCCUGACCGUGGUUAUUGUUAGAUUAAGUUUUUACUGUAUUAAACGCUACUUGUUUUGGCAAGGUAAACCAAUGUUCUCCUCUUUUUUUUUGUUUUAACAUUACGUAACAAAUAUGAAAUUUUGUAUUUACCAAAAAUCCACUCAAUACUUCAUGAUGUUAAUUACAAUGUAUUCGAAAAAUGCACAUUAGAUUAAAAUAUUCUAUCGAUCAUGAAGUACAGAUUUUUGCACUCACUUAGAGCUGUCACUCACUACAUUAAAAAUACUGAUUUCUGCAAUAAAUAUGCUAAUAAUGGAAAUA